AACUCUUUAAAUACCCCCCAAGUCCUCUGCGGGCACAACAAAACAUUCCGCCGUCCGCUGAUUCGACACGACGGGGACGGUGGGGGGACAAAAACAAAAAAAGGCGGCGAUUGCCACUACAAAUUCAACAUUUAUCCAGUUCGAAAAAAUGUUACGUUUUUUUCGGAAUACUUCCCGAUUCGACCCGGAGUCGUAAAAGGUGAAAACUCGGCGAGGGAGUCGGAGGGGGGAGACGGAAAGGGAGGAAAAACAAAGAUGGCUGUGUGAGCCCGAGAGACGAGCCGACAACAACAAGCGUCCGCCGACAGGGACAGUCUCCUCGGGGCAGCCGGAGCGGAGGGCGCCGGACUUGGGACAGGCGAACCGAGCCGAGCUGUCGAGAGCGUGAGAGUCCCCCUCCCCCCCCCCACAAAAACAGCUGAGUUGUUUUUGUUCUGGCUGCCCACCCCCCCCGCCCAAACCCCGCUACCGGAGCGCCGUGCUCAGGGCUCGGUGUCAAGUAGCUAGCCGUACCGUAAGUCCUCCACCGCGGGUGACAUUUUGUCUUCACCUCUGCUGUGACUUCCGGAAGCGCUUGAAAAUUAGCACGACAAAAAAGAUCGUUAACAGCCUCGUUUCGCGUUAGCCGACCGGCGAGCUAGCUGUCAGUUAGCCUCAAAGCUAAGCCAACCACAGGAGAUAAAAUAAGUGCAUUUUUUUUUUUUUUUGGUGGGGGGGGGGGAGGUUACGUAGAAAGUUCUAGAGACAUUUGGCCAUGGAAGACAGCGACGUGAUGGCCGCCCCCGGUGGCUCCUCCGCCGCCGUCGUGGCAGGGGCGGCCGAGGCGGCGGCCGUGGCCGGGGCAGGGGCCGGGCUCGGGCUCGCCGGGCAGGAGGAGUCCGGGACGCGCCCCGAGGCGGACUCGGACGAACCGCCCAAGAAGAAGACCAAAGUACCCGAGGGGGAGUCCGGCAAGCUGGAGGAGAGACUGUACUCUGUGCUCUGCUGCACCGUGUGCCUAGACUUGCCCAAGGCGUCUGUGUACCAGUGUACCAACGGUCACCUGAUGUGCGCCGGCUGCUUCAUUCACCUGCUGGCCGACUCUCGCCUCAAAGAGGAGCAGGCCACGUGUCCCAACUGCAGGUGCGAGAUCAGCAAGAACCUGUGCUGUCGGAACCUGGCGGUGGAGAAGGCGGUCAGCGAGCUGCCCACCGAAUGCACCUUCUGCCUCAAGCAGUUCCCCAGGUCCAGCCUGGAGCGGCACCAGAAGGACGAGUGCCAGGACAGGGUGACGGUGUGCAAGUACAAGCGCAUCGGUUGCCCGUGGCAGGGCCCCUUCCACGAGAUGCCCGCCCACGAGGGCGAGUGCUCGCACCCCACCAAGACGGGCACGGAGCUGAUGGGCAUCCUGGGCGAGAUGGACCAGAGCCACCGCAGGGACACGCAGCUCUACAACAGCAUCUUCAGCCUCCUGUGCUACGAGAAGAUCGGCUUCACCGAGGUGCAGUUCCGGCCGUACCGCACCGACGACUUCAUCACGCGCCUGUACUACGAGACGCCGCGCUUUACCGUCCUCAACCAGACGUGGGUCCUGAAGGCGCGCGUCAACGACUCGGAGCGCAACCCCAACUUGUCGUGCAAGCGAACGCUCUCCUUCCAGCUCAUCCUCAAGAGCAAGGUGAACUCGGCCCUGGAGUGCUCGUUCCUGCUGCUGAAGGGCCCGUACGACGACGUGCGGAUCAAGCCGGUCAUCCACCACUACGCCUUCAGCAACGACGACAACGAGACGGACUACGUGCUGCUGCCCAUCUGCGACUCGGUGGAGUGCAACAAACUGCUGGCCGCCAAAAACAUCAACCUGCGCCUCUUCAUCUUCCAGGUCCAAAAGUAAAAAUACACGACACCCCCCC